AUGUCAGGACGCUUACCUGUGGGAAGAGCAGUGGCUGCCCUCGCUGUCUUUAGUGCACUGGGAUACGGCGUGAUGAGGGCCGUGACUCCUUCGGAUGAGGAAUUUUACAAUGCUCUCGCGCCUGACUUGAAACGCAAAGUCGAUGAACGAAGAGCACAGAAUGUUGAUAGAGAACGACUCUCAAAACUUCAGAGCCUUGACUCUGCGCUUCAAAGCCCGAUAAAUCGCAAGCCUAUCGGAGGUGAUCAUGAGCCUCACAAUAAGAUAAGAAAGAAGUGUCUCGAUGAUUUGUCAGGCAUCUACGAUGGACAUGCACCACCUACACUGAAGAGCGAAAAGUGCUUUGACAACAAAGGGGAACCGCUGGUCUUAAACAUUCGAGGUGCCAAUGCGCCCAACGUCAAAGCAUAA